AGUCAGAAUAAAAUGUUAAGUAUAUUAGCAGAAAUAGUACGUUCAAAGAUUUUGCGUGAUAUAAAAAAAUCUAAUUUAUUUUCUGUCAUCAUAGACACUACAACUGAUGUAUCAAAUAAAGAGCAAUUUACAUUUUUGAUGAGAUAUGUUAAUGAACAAGGGAAUAUUGAAGAAAGAUUGGUUGCGUUAGUGACUGCACCAGAUUCGACUGGUCAUGGUUUAUUUGAAGUAUUUUGCAAUAUCACUGAGAAGUAUGAAAUUGACUGGAAAAAAAGAUUAUGUGCUCAGGCGUAUGAUGGUGCGGCUUCAAUGCAGGGUAAAUAUUCAGGGUUGAAAACGUUCAUACAGAAUGAAAAUCCCAAUGCAUUGUAUGUUUGGUGUUCUGCACAUUUGCUAAAUUUGGUAAUAGUUGACACUUGUGAUUGUUGCAUGGUAACUAAAGUUUUUUUUGGAGAUAUUAGAGCAUUGGUUGAAUUCAUGCGAGCAAGGAAGAGGACUGCUAGUUUUAUUGAGUGUCAACAACAAUUAUAUCCAACGCAACGUAUAAGACGCUUAAAACGUUUUUCAAACACUAGAUGGACUUCUCACGACAGAGUGAUUGUGGUAGUUUAUGAAAAAUAUGCAGCUCUACUAAAAGCACUAAAUUUCAUUGCUACUGCAAAUGAUUCUGACAGAGAUACUUCUUCAACUGCCAAGAGUUUAAUUUUGAGAAUGUCUUCUUAUAAUUUUGUAUCUACCAUGGUUUUUAUAAGACAAAUUUUUGCCAUAACUACUCCAUUAUCAAAUUAUCUACAGUCCAAAUCAAUUGAUUUUAUACAAGCUAUAAAAUUGGUCGAUAUUGCGAAAAAACGAUUAGAAGACCUUAGACUUGACAAUAAUGCACUUGAAAAAAUAUUAAAUGAAGCCAAACAAUUUGCAUUUGAUCAUAAAUUAUUAGAACAAGACUUCAAAAAAAUAAGGAGCAGAAAAAAAAAAGUUAUGCCUGGAGAGUUAUCAGGUGAUGACAUUUCUCCAUCAAGCUUAGAUAUUUUUAAACGGGAUGUAUAUUAUAAAGUAUUAGAUAUCAUUAUAAAUUCACUUGAUUCUAGAUUUAAGGACUCUCGUGAGGUUAUGAUAGAUUUGAGCCUCCUAUCUCCAGAACGUCUUAUGUCUUACAGAAAAUGUGGUGGUAAAAGUUUACCUGAUGAUGCAUUUCAAAGUGUAUCAAAAUGGAUUAAAAGUAUUGAUUUAAAUAAACUAAAAGUAGAAUAUUUAGCUUUUAGUAGUAGCUUAAAUGAACUAAUUGAUGGAUUAGAACCAAAGCAACUACACAAUAGUACAAGCACUUUAAAUACCCAUGAAGAUGAGAAUGAUUCUGAAAAUACUUAUACUGAAAAAAGUGAGAGCGAAGAUGAAGAAAGUAAGAAUGAAAAUGUGAACGUUGAAAAAAUACUUCAUAUAUUAUCAAGCCAUGAUUUAAUAACAGCAUUUCCAAAUUUAUAUACUGCAUAUAAAUCACUUGGAACUAUUCCUGCGUCAUCAGCAUCAGCUGAACGUAGUUUUUCAAAGGUGAAACUUAUAAAAACACGUCUUCGAUCUACAGUUGGCCAGAAUAGACUUGAAAGCUUAGUACUUUUAAGUACUGAAAAAGAUAUAACUAUCGAUUACAAUGAGGCUAUUAAUAAGUUUGCGUUAACAUCUGAUCUAUUGACAAAAGAAUUAAUGUUUAAAUAA